ACCAGCAGCGACGAUUUCCGUCGCAUUGUCCGCAUCUCUCUCUCUCUCUCUCAGUCACGCACGCAUUGAGCGCUUGGCUGCCGAGGCAAAGGCCGUUUCUUUUUGUUCUACUGGUUUUGAUUUUGAUCAUAACAUAACCCUUUUUCCCCAUCCACAACGGUCUACCCCUCUACAACAACCUCCAUUCGACCACCUAUGUCCUCCAUUUGCAAGGGAUGGCCUUUCCUCUCUCUCUCUCUCUGUUGUGUGUGGUUGCACGAUGGUGGCGGUCCGGCGGAAGCAAUAGAGUGCCUUUCACAGCACGGUGGGCACGGUGGUGGCGGAAGCAGUCGAGUGCCUUUCACAGCAUGGUGGGAGGAGCCAGUAGGCCUCCUCUCGCAGCACGGUGGUGGGAAACCUUGCUGGGGGCCACCCGAUUGAGGCCUCCCCUUGUUUUUUGAUGUUCAAUUGAAGAGGCGGGAAAAAUAGGCCGAUAUUUCCCUGAAACGCUCAAGUUGGACAAAAAUUCGGCCGAUGCGCUUUUUAACUUAUUUUAUUCUUUCGUCAAGAAUCCGUACUCUGCACGGACGCAGCUUCGCCGUCGUUGUUGACCAGCCGCUUGCCUAUUAUUAAAGGGCCGCAGACGUUGCGCCCUUUUCCUUCGGAAAAGUCAUCUUUGGUCCGAAGAAAUGGGCGUAGGACUCUCAUCACAUCCACCGUCGUCGGCGAAUUUUGCACCGCCCUUCGACCCAUCGAAGCCAUCUGUACCCAUCUCGUUCCCGAUCAAGACUCUUGAGGAGCUUGAGCAGCGAACGUACUUCGACUCUUUUCACUUCCCCUUCAACAGGGCCAGCGUUCCGCUGCCCUCCUACGCGGUUCAUGGCUGGCAGGAGAGGAAGCGGAAGCUGCUCGUCUGCCACGACAUGGCCGGUGGCUACUUGGACGACAAGUGGGUUCAGGGGAACCAAAAUGACGCUGCUUAUACCAUAUGGCAUUGGUACUUAAUGGACGUAUUUGUUUAUUUUUCUCAUAAUCUCGUCACCCUGCCGCCCCCAUGUUGGAUUAACGCAGCCCACAGUCACGGGGUCAAGGCAUUGGGUACAUUCAUUACGGAGUGGGAUGAAGGAAGAGUUGUCUGUAAUACUCUGCUGGCAACAAAGGAGUCUGCAAGGAUGUACGCUGCGCGAUUGGCAGAACUUGCUCAAAGAUUGGGUUUCGAUGGCUGGCUGGUAAACAUUGAAGUCAAUCUGAGUUCAGAUCAGAUCAGUAACUUGACAGAUUUUGUAAAGCAGUUAUCUCUAGCCAUGCAUUCUUCUGUGCCAGGAUCAUUGGUUAUAUGGUAUGAUGCUGUGACAAUAAAUGGUGCCCUUAAUUGGCAAAAUCAACUAAAUGCAAAGAACAAGCCAUUCUUUGAUUUGUGUGAUGGUAUAUUUGUCAACUAUUCAUGGAAGGAAGACUUCCCAAAAAGCUCAGCUAUCUUAGCUGGUGACAGAAACUAUGAUGUAUACAUGGGCAUUGAUGUAUUUGGAAGAGGUACCUAUGGUGGUGGACAAUGGAAUACAAAAGUUGCACUUGAUGUCCUGAAACAGAGUUCUGUGUCAGCUGCAAUUUUUGCUCCUGGAUGGGUAUAUGAAACUAAUCAACAACCAGAUUUCAGGACUGCACAAAAUCGUUGGUGGGGUCUUGUAGCAAAAUCAUGGGGUUUGGUCCAAAAGAACCCAAGAACAUUGCCAUUCUACUCGAACUUUGAUCAGGGUGUUGGUCGCCAUAUUUUUGUUGAAGGGAAAUUAGUAUACAAUAAUUCAUGGAGCAAUAUUUCUUGUCAAAGUAUGCAGCCUGUUCUGGGGGUUGAUGUUGAUGCUGCCAAAAGUGCAAUCCAAGUAUUGGUAAAUUUUAAUGAACCAUCUUAUAGCGGAGCACAGACCAUCAUGGUCACUGGGAGACUUAAAGACAACCAUUAUUUCAUGGCGUUGCUUUUCUGUGGGGAGGUUCUUUUGUCGGACAUGCCUAUCCAUGUUUCAUAUUCUGUGCAGUUAAAGCAUAAUUCUCUGUUGGGCCUGGCGUUAGAAUUUCAGUCCAUCUCCAACAAAAGAAGCAUGAUACUUCUUGCACCUGAAGGACGAUUUUCUUCUGAUAAGGUUGCUGCUACUGGUGAAGUUGAUGGUGCAAAUGAAUUACCAAGAAAAUUUGAGACGAUCAUGCCUUUGCAAGUUAAUAGCUUAUCCACUCAAAGUGACACAAUGACAAAGUGGAUCUUGAAUGAAUGCAGCCUUCAAAUGCCGGGACAUACAUUACAAAACAUAUAUGUUGUUUCAUAUAAAGAAGUAUCUGCUCCAGAGAAUGCAGACUCCACUCUUACAAGCUCAACAAAUUACCAUGCUUUGCUUGGGCAUAUUACAAUUCGGAGUUCCAUGAAGAACAUGACUUUUCCCCCGAGAAAUGCAUGGGCAUUUGAAGGUGAAGACUUAUUUUGGUCCUCUAGCCCUGAAGGAAUAAAAACUAUCAGUGUUAAACUUGUAUGGAGACUUGAGGCGGAAAGUUCAGAAAGUAGGCCCCUUUACACAAGGUUUAAUAUAUAUGUAAGAAAAUUAGUAGGUGGACCAGAUGAUGAUAUUACUGGGCAGGAAGAAUAUCUUGGUGCAGCAAGAGUAGAAGCUUUCUAUGUGUCAGCUCUGGCAGUUGAACCAAAUGUUACAUAUCUGAGGUUCAUUCUUCAAGUUUGUGCUACCGAUGGUACUGUAGGGAAACUUGCUGAUGCUCCGGUGCUGCUAGUGGCUGUGCCUCGUUAGUUUACGAGGCGUUUCUCUAAGUGUACUUGUUUCAUUCAAGAAUAACUCUUUAAGUAUGAAGAAUAAAUCUAUGGGCGAAAAGAUUGUAUUAUGA